AUGUCGACCGGAUACUUCCCCAAGCGCGAAAAGGUCGGGCUCGAGGACCUCUUCAAGGGGCUCGUCACGGCAUGCCAUAUCCUGCACUACCACGACGUUCUCGACGCAUAUGGCCACAUAUCGGUGCGCAGCCCAGACAACGCCUCGACGUUCUGGAUGCCAUGCAACAUGCCGCCCGCACUAGUCGGCUCGCAGGACGACCUAGUCGAGUACCAUGUGGGCUCGGCCGAGGCGGUGGAGAAGAACGCGAAGCCCGGGUAUCUGGAGCGCCAUAUUCAUAGCGAGAUAUACAAGAAGUUUCCUGCUGUGAACAGCGUCGUGCACAGCCAUUGUGGCGAUGUGCUGCCGUAUUGUGUUAGUGGCGUGCCGCUGCAGAACACCAUCCACAUGGCGGGCUUUUUGGGAACAACCGUACCCGUCUGGGACGCCUCAGGCUACUACCCCUCUGGCUCAAAGCACGACCUUCUCGUCCGCGACUCGACGCUCGGCGCCUCUCUAGCCUCGGCCUUCAAGCCCGCAACAUCCGCCGGCUUCGUCAUGGACAAAUUCCGCUCCGCACUCCCCGCCCAGAUAGGCGGCACAAGCGAGCCCUCCAAGGAGCCGAACCACGCCGUCAUCCUCCUCCAAGGCCACGGCUUCACCACGGUAGCCCACGGCAUAGAAGAAGCUGUCUACCAAGCCAUCUACACAAAGGAAGCCGCAAAGGUGCAGACCACGGCUCUGACGAUCCGCAAUGCAUAUUCUGGGUAUGCUAUCGAGGGGAAGGUGGAUGCUGAGGCGGGCGGGAAAAUCAAGUCGGCGCGCGCGAAGAACGAGGGCGGCUUGAAGUAUUUGAGUGAUAGGGAGGCGCAUGAUAGCUAUGAGGCUAUGCAGGGUACGGUUGCGCGGCCGUGGGCGCUGUGGUGUCGCGAGGUCGAGGUCAAUCCGCUGUAUAGGAAUGAGUGUCCCGGUGGUGACUGA